UAUGAAUGAUUUCUUCAAUGAGCACAGACAUACAUGUUUAGAAAAUUUGAAAACCUAACCUAUAAAAUUUCGAAAUCGCGUGAAAGUAAAAUCAGCCAGCCAGUAGAAAUCACCAAUUAAUAAUAGUUUUUAUUGGGAAAUCCUUUCAAAAUGGAAACUAAACCAGAUAUAAAAGAGCUCUUAAGUUGCAGUACUCAGCUUUCCAAGGGUGUCCUAGAAAUGAAGUUCAUGAAGAAAUCCAAAGAAACUGCACUGAAGCAGCUACAAGCCGAGGAAAGCAGAAGAAUAUACUCUGAAGAGAUAACUGAAGGAAUGAAAAAAACGGGCAACACAGUUUUUUUGGAAACUUCGAUAUCAAAUUGUAAAGGUUUAAUUGAAGGUCGACUUUCAUUUUUGGGGGCAAAUCCAGAAAUUGAGAAAAUGAUGGCUAAUGAAUUUGGAGAUAAGCUGAAUGAAAUCGAAUCAAAUAAGGAUAAAGACGUUACAGAUUUUGAAAUGGCAAAAAGUUUAUCCUCGGUUACUGAGACUAUUCAGAAGAAAUUCCAAAAAAAAGCAAAGAGAAAGUUUAUGAAACCUUCUUCAGACAUAUAGUGAUCCAGUUUUAUCAUUUCAAUAUUUGGUUCAUGAAUCUUUCAUCCUAUUAUUUUAGUUCGAAUUGUACAUAAUUUAUCAUCCAAUCCAUCACUUCAUUACCAUCUUGAGGAGAAAUUUGAAAACUACACAUUUUUGAGAUUAUACGUAAAAAUGAUCUGUA